GCAGAGUGUGUUCAGUUGGCACCCUCGCGGCCUCUCCCGAGUGUGUGUGUGUCUGUGUCUGUAAGAGUCGGUGUUCCCUGGAGACUGCUGCUGCUAUUCCUCAACUCCGGUGUGUCGUGACGUGGAGUGUAGGAAUCAGAGGCCACCGGUGUGAGGCUUCUUUGACGUAGCGCUCAGUGAAUCUAUCUCGCGACCUUAGACGAGGAGGCAAAUUGGCUCAUAAAUACAAGUAGGUGAAGGUCAGCGUGUCAGAUCACAGCUCUGGGCCGUCGGAGGAAACUCAUCUACCUUAUUCCUCGUACAAAGCUUUAAGUUUUGGCAGAGCAUAAUUGUAAUUGUGGCCAUAGCAUCGACGAACAAUCGGCAGAAUUGGCAGAACUCAAACUACUAUUAUUAUUAAGUGACAACAGCAGUGACACUACGUUUGUUAUUCAGAGGAAUGAUAUAAUGAUCUAAGACUGGAACAUUGGUGACACAUGAAGACAUUCUGGAAAAGGUGAAUGGAUGUUUCUUGGAAGGGAAAUCGAAACAGCCUUCUUGUUGAUCGUUCAAAGGUUUUCUCACAGAUAGUUUUCAGAAAAACUGCUGAAAAUGGUGCAAACUUUUGAAAAACAGUGUGAGAAGAAAAAUCGUCCAUGAGAUCCGGGAAGGAUACUGAAGAAACUGUGACGAAGUAUCCUUGUGACCCACAUAGAGACGAAAGCUGACUUGUACGUGACCUGAUCCCCGGUUCUGUCCAGGAUUCUUAGCGGGGGUGGCUUGACUGCUGCGAGGCAAGGACGCCAUCACUACUAACACUCACCUCGAAACUGAUUGUAGAGCAGGCGUGGCUGGAGCCGCGGCUGUCAUGGUGACGCCAGCGGCAAGGGCCACGCGCGGACUCCCAAAGGUUGCUGUCAUUGCGUGGGCCACCUCAGCUUGACCAAAGCUCUUAGACCAUCACUCCAGCAGCCAUGUACAACGUCAGCACAGAAUCGCCAUUCCCUGCAGCGGUGCUCACAUCCCUCGCCCCGCAAGUCUCCUCCACCCUCGCCCCACUCCUGGAGUCACCCCUGCCAUCCCUCGGGAACUUGACCGACGAUGGCCCGGAGGAGGUACACGAAUACGCGCCGUUCCUGGCCUUGUCCCGUUUCGUGGUACAGCGAGUGCUGGUGCCGUUGGUACUGGUGGUGGGCGUGGUGGGCAACAGUGUCACCAUCAUAGUGCUCACCCGCCGGCAGAUGAGAUCGUCGACAAACUUUUAUCUCACCGCGCUGGCCAUCUCUGACCUACUGUACUUGGUCUUCAUCUUCUCGCUCUCCAUUCGCCACCACCCCGGCAUGAACCAACCCCAUCACUGGCUCUACUGGCACUACUUCCGUUACGCCCUCUGGCUCACCGACGCCUCCAGCUCCACCUCUAUCUGGCUCACUGUCACCUUUACCAUCGAGCGCUACAUCGCCGUGUGUCACCCGAUCAAAGGCAAGGUUAUUUGCACGGAGAGUCGCGCCCUAAGAGUCAUCGUGGCGGUGUUCGUAUUGUGCUUCACGCUUACCGCCACCACGCCGCAUGAGUGGGUGAUUCUGAUGAACACUGACCCUGAUUCGGGACAGUCACAUCUUGCCCUCGCCUACUCCUCGCUUGGAUCCAACACGACUUAUAAGAAGGUAUUCUACUGGUUCACGGCCGUCAUGUUCAUCCUCCUGCCUCUGGUGCUUCUGGCCGUCUUCAACUCCUUCCUGAUCCACAUCGUCAAGCAGAGUCGUGCCACCCGCCGCACCAUGACCAACACAGCCUCUGAGCGCGACUCCCAUUCCCAGUCUCAAGAGAACAAGAUCACUAUCAUGCUGAUUGCUGUGGUGCUGCUGGCCCUCCUAUGUCAGCUUCCCGUGGCCGUGCUGCUCCUCUACCAGUCCUUCUACGAGUCGAAACCUAGUUCCACUUCAUACUAUAUCGAGUUGGGUCUUGGGAAUAUCUUUAACCUGCUUGCGGCCAUCAACGCAGCCUGUAACUUCGUGCUGUACUGCGCCAUGAGUGACAAGUACCGGCGAACCUUCCUCCGUACCUUCUGUUCCCGCUGGUACCGUCAACCUUCGCCUCUCCAUUCUUGGAUGGCCACUGCUUACAGCAACGUGGAGGACGGCAGCCCAAGGUUCUCGCGAGUCUCGUCCAUGCGGAUGUCACGAAGGUCCUCGCACAGGAGUAGUGGGUCAGGAAGCCCCAGGGGAAGUCCUACCCAGGGUCGCUUUGUGGGCGGGUCCGUGAGGCAGGGGCACUAUCUCACUGUGCCAGCCCACCCCGCCCAUGCCACCCACGAUGACCCUGCCCAAGCUUUCUUACGCAAGGCACCACCGGGUCUUGUCGCCAGCCACCACGGCAACAACGGUGUAGCGCCCCGGGCGGGCAGCCCUCCCAGCCCUGUGCACAUGAGCCCCGCUGCCUCUGCCGCCGCUCUUCUCAACGGCCAGCCGGGCUCUCCUCACUCAGAGGCGGCCACUGGAGCUUUACCCAGGAGAGGUCCCCGCCGUCUCGUUCAUCGCCUGGCUUCCCUUCUGCCCAUUAGCCGCGCACCCAGGACUCAGCUCGCUGGCCGACACAUCGUUAUCACCUGCCAGCAACCUUCACUCGAUGACCAAACAGCGCUUUGAGCAGUAUAAGGAGUGAAGAGUAAAAGAAACCUCCUGCCACAGAGUUAAGCUGAAAAUUGACAUUUGGGAUCAAGAGUGAUUUGUUUGGCUUUACUCGCCAGGGACAGAACAUCAAGAAGUGAUAGUUUGUAUAAUAUAGAAAGGAAGAAAGAAAUAAAACAUAUAGUGAAAUUCUUUCUAUAUAUGGGAGAAAGAAGCGACGGAGGAAGGGUAAGGUACACUUAGCAAUACGUGACUAUAGGUAAAACUUCCAAUGACGGCUUCGCUCUCUAAUUUGUGUCUCGCCAUUUCCCUUUAUUUCUCAUUGCGACUGAACUUGAAAUGACAGACAAGGAGCCAUGUAGGAUGGAAGUGUUUGAUGGUUGAUCAGUUUUCGGACAAUACCAUGCAGUGGGGUUUACUGUCAUGUGACAGUAGGUCCAUAUGACUUCUCCGAAUCGUAGCAAUGGACAUCAUGACGGGGUUUGUGAAGGAAGAUGUUAUUAAGUACAUAGAGAAAACAUUAGCAAAGUUCAAGUUGCGCCGAGGAGACCAGAAUCCACUCGAGUAAUUGUCAUAGACGAAAAAAUUUUUAUGCUGACAUUACAAAGGUGUUUGUC